AUGAAUGAUUUAACUAGAAUUCAAUCUGAAAUAAAUCAAAAUUCUAAUGAAAGUUAGAAUAAUGAUGAUAAUAGACUAGGAGUAAGAAAAAAUAACACUUUUCCCUAUGAAUAAAAAAUAGGAAUAGGUCAACCAUAAAGUUGCUAUGAUGCAAAUCAAAUUUCUAAUUUACCGAAUUAGGUUAAUUAAACAGAUCAAUGGACUUUGCUCUCAUAGGAUGAAAAUUUAACUAUGAUUUUCAAAUCAAUUAAUUAAUAAUCAAUAGUAUUAAUUUACAAACAAUUAUAAGUAUAAGAUUUGGACACUCAGAUUUUCUUUAUGAAUUUAGCAAUGAGUAUCAUUGAUUCCUUUUCUUUUUUUCUUUUUUUAGGAGAUACUAAUUAGUCUCUUAGAAUGAACAAAUUAGUUCGAAAUGGAACUUAACUUAUAGAGCUUCACAAAUUGUUUAAAAAAUCUGAUAAAGAUGAUUAAAAAAAUAUCAUUUUAGAAUAUUAGAUUAAUUAUUUCAGUUCUGAAAUCUAAUUAAGGCAUUACAUUGAAAAAGCGCUUUAGGAGAUUAAAUUAAUAGUUAAUUUAUUGUAAAAAUAAUAUAAUCUAAUAAAGAAGAUUGAAUAUGAUAAAAAUAAUGAUGAGUUUGAUAAAAUAAUAUCAGAUUUUAUACAAGAGAUGAAAAAAAUAUGA